UCUAAGCGCGAAUUUCCGUUCAAUUUCCGCAAAUAAACAAGAGUUUGAUCGAAGACAACAAUUAUGACAGGCUGUGAAACAUGAGAAUAUUGAUAUUUUUAUGGAUAGCUUUUAUCUGUACAACUCUAUCUGCAGGAAAUGUAUCGCUUAAGCUAAAAUAUUUUGAGACUUUGAAGUCAUCAGACAUUCGAUCAAGAGUCAGAAGAAGUCCAGAUCCAAAUCCAGCUUCACGUUUACAUGAAUUCUGGUUUUCAUCAUUUGGAAGAAAUUUUCAUUUAAUGUUAAAGCAAUCAUCUGUAGUGACAAGAAAAACUAAAGUGACAGUGAUAACUCCAAGUGGGAGCAAAGUUGAAAACCAGUUAAAUUUACAAGACUUUUUUACUGGAACAAUAGCAGGUGAAGAUGGUGCCCAUGUGGAGGCUCAUUGGGAAGACAAUCUACUCUCAACCUCUAUCACUACAGCAGACGACAUCUAUGUCAUUGAGCCAUCAUGGAGAGUGCUAGGAGAAUCAACAAAUCACAGUUUAAUAGCAUACAGAAAAUCUGAUGUGAAAUUGGAGGAACUUCAUCCUGGAGGAGAAAAGGUAAAGUUUUGUGCACAAGAUGAUAAAUAUGAUAAAAGUCAUAACAGAGCUAGUGAAUAUUUCCUGCAGAUGGCAGCACUUAAUACUCAGACACAAACAAGUCAAAGUAGAGUUAAAAGAGAAAACAUUAAAUCAUUUGGUAUUAAGAGAGUUUGCAAACUGUUUUUAGUUGCGGACUUUGAAUUCCAUAAAAAUGUUGGUGACGGAAGAGCUCAUACGACAGCAAAUUAUAUUAUAGGCACUUUGAACAAAGUAAAUGAAAUAUUUAGAAGAACAAAAUGGCCAGAUGAUAGUUCAGAUCUUAUUGGUCUGGGAUUUGAAAUUGCUGAGCUUCAGAUUCAUCAGAACUAUUCAGCACAAAAAGGUCAUUAUAAUUAUGGUCCCAUGAAAAAUUGGACUGCAAACACAUUAUUACAGGCAUUUAGUCGUGACGAGCAGUUCCGAGGAUUCUGCUUAGCUCAUUUAUUUACAUUUCAUAAAUUUGAACGGGGAGUUUUAGGACUCGCUUACAUCUCAUCACACAAAGAAAAGGAUCCAGGUGGCUUAUGCUCCUGGGAUUUUUUCCAUCAGGGGCAUAACUCCAUGUUGAACACUGGCCUUAGUACCAGUAAAAACAGUAAAGGUCACCGCAUUCUAUCACUAGAAGCUGCACUAGUUACUUCUCAUGAAUUAGGUCAUAACUGGGGUAGUGAACAUGACCCAGACACAUCAGACUGUGCCCCACCCUCUGAGAGAGGAGGGCAUUACCUCAUGUAUCCAUAUGCAGUUACUGGGUAUGACCAAAAUAACAAGUUUUUCAGUCAAUGCAGUAAGCAGUACAUAUUUAAAGUUUUAGAAUCAAAAGGACCUAGAUGUUUUACAGAAAGUUCUGAUGUCACAUUCUGUGGGAAUGGUAAACUAGAGGAAGACGAAGAAUGUGAUGCUGGUUACUAUGGUGAUAAUUGUUGUGAUAGAGAUUGUAAACUCAAACCAGGUGCAAUAUGUAGUGGAUGGAAUUAUGAAUGUUGUGUGCGUUCUACAUGUAAAAUAGCAGAUAAAAAUACUUCUUGUGGCGUUGAAAAUACUCUAGACUGUAAAGGGGACGCUGUGUGCAAUGGAUCUAGUCUUAAUUGUCCUGAACCUAGGAUUAAAAACAAUGGCCGACCAUGUAUAGAUGGAGGUAUAUGUAAGGACGGUGUUUGUCUGAACUUCUGUGAAAUUAAAGGCAAAGAACCUUGUAUAUGUGCUCCAGAAACUGGGUAUGCAUGUUUUAAAUGUUGUAAAUACAAUACUACCAACUCAACUUGUCAAGUAGAUGAGAGAAUUGUAGAGUUAACAGACGGCAGACCUUGUUACCAUGGUUACUGUGAAAGUGGUCAUUGUAAGAAGCAAGUGUCAGACAUGGUUCAGCGAUUAUUCAGUAUUAUAGAAAAUAUUACAGCUGAUGAAUUUGUGGCGUUUAUGAAGAGUAACAUUGUAGGAACAAUCAUCAUAUUUUCAUUAGUUCUUUGGAUUCCGGCCAGUUGUACAUUCAGUUAUUUUGAUAGAAAAAAUGACAGAAAAUUAAAAAGAAUGAGAAGUAGGAUGAAUAAUGUGUUCAUAUUAGAUGAAGACAAAAACAAAAUAAGGCAUGCUGGGAACUUUAAACUCAAACCUGCUGGUAGCAUUAUACGACAACAUGGAAUCCGCCCAUUGCCAACAAUACAAAGCUAUGAUUACAUGGAUACAGAAAGAGAAUCAAAAGUCUAAUGGAACAUUUACAGAACAAAUAUAUAUUGUAUGGAUAAGACGGACCAAAAAAUAAUUUCAAUGUAUCAGUCUUUAGUUCUGUAUGUUUUUUUUUUUUUUACAUUUUUGAAGAAAAAAAUAUUUUGAAAAUUAUCAGCAACCAACAUGUACUAACAAAAUUUUUAUUGGCUGUGUUAUUUAAAUAUAAAUCAUUUUAGUUCUUUUAUUUGUAUUGAUUUAUACAGUCUGAUAAGAGAGAUCUCAUUUCCAUGUAUCUGUCUUUGGUUCCAUAUGUUUUUAAAAAUUUUCAUAUAAACUUUUGAAAAAAAAAUAUUGUUAAAACUAUUUACAACCAACUGUAUGUACUAAAAAAAAAUUUAUUGCCUCUAAAAAGCAGCUGUUUUACUGAAAUAUGAAUACUUUUAGUUCCGUUAUUUCUAUACUAUAAAUUUAUAAAAGUAUUUUAAAAUGCUUGCUUUUUUAAAAAUGAGCCGUCUACAUCCUUAUUUACAGGAUAUAACUUCAUUAAUUGUUCAUUUUAAUAUCUCAGAAAACAUCAAAAUGUAAAAUACACAUGGUCAUAGAUGCAUUUUGUCUUCCAAGAAAAUUGUUUUUAAAGUAAACAGGGUUACAGUGACGACAGGUCAAAGGUCAUCAGCACAACAUUUGUUUUAUAUGAAUGACAAAAACAUUUUGCAAUAUAAUCUUAGUAUUAUUUUGUUAACAAGUUGGACAAAGCGGUAGGAUAAUGAGUGUCUUUCAAUAAGUGUUUAAUCAUAAUUCUCAUUCUGUAUUUAAUAUUUUUUUGCCCUAUUUUUUAUUGGAGGAUAUAUCUAUCUUACAUAUAGUUUACAUUCCAUUUUAUUUCGGUUAUUUACAGUUUGCUCAUGGUGUAGACUGGAUUUCCAAGGCUUUUAGUCUAGUUUGCUCAUGGUGUAAACGUGAUUUCCAAGUCUUUUAAUCUAAAGAGUUUAAUUAUAAAUUUGUAACAGAUAAGGAAAAUAUUAAAGGGAGACUACUUAACCCCUUAAGGUAAGGAACAACUAGACUGGGCCUGUUCAGGAAGAACAUAAUAAAAGUAGAACAUAUCUAAGCAAAAUAGAUACUACACAUAGCGGUAACUUUCAAAAUAUGUUAAAUAUUUGGAUAAUGUUUGUAUGUGACCUGGGAUCACUGUUGAAUGAUUAUUUUGAAAGAUAAAUAAUGCAUGAAAUUGAAAUUAACCGGCAUACUUUUCCUGUUUCUUAGAACAGAUGUACCUAUUUGUGUCCUUCUUUCUUUCUGGAGACCAGUACACUUUUAUUAAAGUUAUGAUGAUUUUUUUAGUACAAGCUAGGCAAAGGUAUUAUUCUGAGAUGAAAUGACUGUCACUUCUAUAUAUAAACUUAAGAAAAAAUGGCUUAGAAUGCUGGAAAUUGUAGCAUUUAACAUGGACAGAAAUGAGGCCAUCAAAAUUUAUGGUUUUAGCCUUUUGGAAUUUUGAGUCCCCAAUGCUCUUCAACUUCGAACUUCAAAUGGCCUUUUAAAGUUUUUUGAUUCGAGCGUCACUGAUGAGUUUUUUUGUAUACAAAACGUGUGUCUGGCAUACAAAAUUUUAAUCCUAAUAUCUAUGGAGAGUUUAGUUUAUUUAUACCCUAAGAUAUAUUAGAAAUUAAGCGAAUAUUAAUUUUCACAUUUGAAUGCUCGUCAAUUUUGACAUAAUUAAAGGUUGUAAAAGGUUGCUGCUUAGUAUUAUAUAAAGGAAUUUAUAUUUUUACUUAAGGAUGUACUUAGGUGAGGUUUAAGAAUUUUUGUUAAAUGUUCGGACUCCUUGGUUUUUUUCCUACGAUACAGGGUAAUAUAUUUUGCCCCAUAACACCCAUUUUUCUAUUCAUAUAAGACUUCAAUAGCUCAUAAAAGAUCAAUUACCAAAAUUUAAGCAGAUUCUAUAUUUCCUUUAUUUCGAUUUGAGACACAAAUAAUACCAAUGCAAAUACAAGGUAAAAGUCCGAGUCAGCCUUUUCCUGCUUUUUUUUUUUUGAUUAGAUAUCAUGAAAUGGAGCUCCAUAACCUAUCAACAUUUAUAGCAUAUUUUGUUCCUUUACUAACGCUCUUCUGACUUAUAGUAUCAAUUUUAAAUUCUAGAUUUUUUUAAUUUCACCUAACUACAUCCUUAAAUGGAUAUAGAUUUUGUUGGAUUUAAAAGAUCUUUGGUGAAAACCAUUGUUUAGGAGAUAAAUAUUUGCUGACAUCUGUUGUUGAGUUGAUUGUUGGUGAUUGAGUGUAGUGGCUAUGCAUUUGCUCAACCAACAUCAAAUUUUAAAUUGAUGCAUUUAAUUAAAAAAAGGUAUAUUGUACUUUUUUUUAAAAUGCAAAAAAAUGUAAAAACAGUUGAGAAAAUGUAUCAUAACUAGAAAGAGAUUCUUAUACGACAGCAAAUGUAAACAUCUAUUACAUUAUUGAUGUAUUGAAGUUUUCAACAUUGUCCAAUCAGAAUUAACAUUGCAAAAAUAUAUUAGAAUGAACAUUAUGUGGUCAUUAUAAUAUCAUGCAUAAAUAUUACAUAUUUUUAACAAUGAUUUUAAAAGGUUGCUACAUGUCCAUUCAUGUUUUAUACAUAAAAACGUUUAACAAUUUUGCUUUUAGAAGCAUUAGUAUUAAUUAUGAAUAUAACUAUGUGUUCAAUGUGUGUGUAACUUAUACUUAAUUGUGUAUACGUAAUUAUGUGUAUUGUUUAUUCAUUUUAACUGGACUCAUUAUUUAUAACAGGAAAAAUGGAGGACUUUAUCUCCUAAUGUCUAUUUGUAUGUCAAUGAAAGAGUAAAGUCAGGUAUUUCAAAUAUUUUCUUUUUCAACAAAUUAAUCCAGCAGAAAUAUUGUUUAUUUUUCAUCAAAGUUUAUUAAGCAGGAAAAAUUACCAUUUCUGAUCAAAAUUUUCCAGCUAGAAAAAUGAUAUUUUUGUUAAAAGUUAACCAGUAGGAAAAUUAAAUAUUUUUCAUCAGAACUUAUAUGCCAGUACCAAGCAGAAAAAUUUAUAAUUUUUCAUCAGUUUAUACAUCCAGCAGGAAAAUUAGCCAUGCUUCAUCAAUGAUUUUAUAUUUAGCAGGAGAAUUUAUCAUUUUAUCACUUUGCAAUAUUUCUUUUGAAGUGUUUCCAUCCUAAGGAAUAAUUGAGAAAUAUGAAAAAAAAAGAAAAGCAAAGACAAUGUCUUUCAUUUAGCUAUUCAACAGGUCUGUCAAAGUGCUGGUUCUGGUGAACUAUUUUCCAGGAGGACAGAUUUGAUGUCUUCUUGCAAUCCAAUCUCAUUAAAUAUUCAGAUCCUGUCUCCACAUUUUGCUAACAAGGAUCUGACUUCACUGUUCUGUCUGUUCUGGUAAUUAUUACAUCAGCCAAUGAAAUUCUGGCCUUCAAUUUUUUAAAUUGUGUAUUAUAACGAUAAAACCAGAGGAUCUCGAAAGGUCUUUAAAACAGAAAGUAGAACAGAGCGAUGUCAGAUCUUUCUUAGCAAAGCGCGGUCACAUGAUCUGUAGUUUAACCAGAUUGGUUGCAAUCAUUACUAGAGAGGAGCCUUCUUGGAAGUUUUAUACUCACAUUUACAUGGUACAAUCAUUUUUAUAUGACAAUGAAGGACGUUUACUAAUUUUAUUUAUAACUUCUCUAUGUUUUUUCCCUAGGAAAUGAAUUUAAAAACAUUUUUUCCCGGCAACCUCUGUAUUUCUCAAAAUAUUUUAAAAACCAUGCAUCUUUAUAAUAUAUCUGUCAAACAGUUUUUAUUGCAAAGAAAAUAAAACAAUUCCCCAGAAACUGUUGGUGUUCAAUGAAGUUCUCUUUGCAAAAAUUUAAAUAGCCAGGUAAAGACCAACCGUUUCUUGGGAAAGGUUUCAUUACCUAUGCAAUAAUUGCUGUUACAUUUUUAUACAGUUUAAAAUUCCUUUUUGCCAAUCCCCAUAUAUUUGAAGUGUAAAAAUCUUGAGAUAUUUAAUUCUCUCCAAAAAAUUUAGUUCUAAAAUACAUUUUUAAACAAGCAUUUUAGCAAAUUUUGGUUAGACAACUCUUUUAUCAGGAUAUAGUUUUUUAUAUAUUUGUUUACAGAGUUUUUAUGAAAUGAUAUAUUGAAUACUGAUUAUAUACUGUGUAAAAAAAGUUUAGCAACAUCUAUUUUAAUUAAAAAAUGAAAAUAAAAAUUUCAAAAGUUUUAAUGAUGCAUUUUUUUUUGUCAAGUAAUAAUUGAACAUUAUGGUUCAUUUUCUUUGUUGCAAUAACUUAUUUAUGGUUAUGUUUAGAGGUUAAGUUUAUUUUUGAAAUAUAAAACUAAAACUAUUUGUUGCUAAAAUUUUUGUACUAAUUAUAUAAAAAAUGUGCCUUAUUAUUGUUAUUGUAAUAAUUUGUAGUUAAGUCUACUAACUGACCUUUUGAUAAAAUGCAACAAGUCUACUAACUGACCUUUUGAUAAAAUGCAACAGGACAUUUUUAAUUUUGAAAAAUUAAGUGUUUCUUAAGAAACCAUAUUCAAAAUACUUUUAUUUAUCAAAUUUUUUUUAGUAAAAAUAUAAGAUUUGAAAUUUUUCAUGAGGUUUAUUAAAAAAAAAUUGACCAUUUGAUGUUUAUUAUUGUCUCUGUAAAAUGAGGCGACUAGAAGGGGUAUUUAUUAGAAACUAAAUCAUUCGAUAAUAAAGUCAAAGCAUAGGCAUGUUAGGUAUGAAGGAUUUUUAUUUAGAAGAAAUACAAUACAUGUCGUGUUAAUGUCUAAAUGUUUUAUUCUUAUUGCAUUAUUUUAAAAAUAAAAUAUGGUUAUUAUAUUACCUUUUAUUUGUGAGGUACAGAUAAGAAUUUUACAACAAUUUUGUGCCUUACUAUUUGAAGUGCCUUUUUAUUUUGUAUAAAACUGAUACUACUUCUUGUUGACAAACUUUUAUUGUCACUUUAUGGCAGACUACUGAAGGGUGAAAAGAAAAAUUGUGUACAAGAUUUUUGAAAAAUGUAUAUUUUUACUACCUUUUGAUGCUAAGGACUGUUCCAAAAUUUAUUGGGGGGAUGAGUGGGAGGCACUCAAAUUAAAUACAAAAUGGGUAGUCUCAUUCUCCUUAGAAUUUUAUAAGAAUUAUAAGUAAAUUGUAAAUUUCGAUUUUAGGGGUUAUCAGGGUCUUAAAAAAGUGCCUUCCAUGCGUUUAAUUCUGGAACAGCCCUAACUUGAAAAGUAAACCAAUAUGUUAUAGAGCUCCUGAAUUUGUGUGCCUUACUAUUUAAAGUGCCUUUAAUUUUGUGUAAUAAUGUUACUUGCAGACGAACAAAUUUUUAUAUUUACUGUCUCCUUUAUUGUAAAUCAGCAGGAUGUAAAUAAAGAUGGCUUCCCAGUAUGAGAUUCAAGAUUUUCGAAAAGAGUAUUUUCCCUUUGCUAUGAACUUGAAUAGUGAACAAAAAUACAAAUGAGUCCCUGAUUUUUUUCCCAUAUAGAAAUGUUUAAGCUACUGGGAUUAAAAUAAAAAUAUUUUGUACGUUUAUUUAAGUUUGCAUUUUUUACCUCCAUUAUGCAAAUUAGUGAUUUUGUCUUCAUAUAUUUCCAACUUUAAUACAUUCAUUAAAUGAUUUAAUUGAAUUAUUGAAAAAUUGGAUAGAACCUUUUUGUGAUCAACAGAGAGUAUCUACUGCAAUAUAUUUAAUACUCUGUAAAAAAAUGUUUUGGAGGGGUAUAUAUAGGAAUCACCUUGUCUAUACCUUGUCUAUGUGUCUGGCUCUCUGUCCAUGUGACUUCUAAGUGCAACCAACCCCUGCUAAACUUCUUGAAAGGACAAAAGCAAAAUAUAUGGAACAAUUUCAAAGAAAAUCUUGGUUUCCACAGUUCUACACAGACGGAUAUCAGUAAAUAUGUUGUAAGUCUCUUGUAAGGGCAACUAUUCCUAAAUUGCUAGACAGGUAUUGAUAAAACCAUACACAGCUGUAGAACACUACCUGAGAUAUGCAGAAAGGAAUUUAAUAUUGGCCUUACAUGUUAUAAGGAGAGAUAAUCAAAUUUGCAAUCUUUUUGUGAGCUCACUUCACUCCAUAGUUUUAAAAUCUUCAAUACUUUUACUUAUAAUCCUGGACUUUUUUCAUUAAAUUUUUUAAAACAAACUACCGUAAUUGGUUAAGACUUACUUAUAUUGGUAAAAUGAACAAUUUAACAAAAUAUCAAAACUUAAAUAGAUUUUUAAAAUUUGACUGUCCACAGCAACAGCAGACAAGACAUACAGUUCUACAGAACUCGUGACAUUAUUUUAAAUCUCAUUGCUAACUCAAGAUAUCAAGUAAAAUUAAGAUUUGAUCUGCUGAACCUCAGAUUUUUUUUUAAAUUCCACAUUUUUGGUUUUGUUCCUGCAGGAUGUUUUGCAGGUAAAAGUUUUGAAUUGCAAUUUUUUACUUGCAGAAUUUCACCAAAAAUCAAUGAAAUAUUGAUUAUUGGUGAAGGAAGCCUAGUUAUGAAUGUGAGAGUCUUUAAACUUCAAAGUAUUCCUUUUUUUUUUAUAAAUUUCUCCUCUAUUUACAAAAAACAAGGAGAAGUGUUUUUUUUCAAUAUUCUUUUAACUUUCCAAUUAUUCCAAUUUGUAUAACUUUUUCAUAACAUUCUUAUGUUGAAAAAGGGACCAGUUUUGUAUACUUUCAAUUUUCAUUUAUUAUCAGACUAUUUUCAGUUUCAUUUUAUGCCAAACUGACAAGCAUUAUGUAUUCUUUACAAUAAAAUUUCAUUAAAUGCUUUAACAAAUUCAUUAUUACAUAUCAGAGUUUAUAUUAUCGUUAGACAUUUAUUGUUCUAUAUUUAGAUGUGUUUGUUCUAUAUUUAGAAAUUCUUUAUUAACUGUUUUAGGAUGAUCUUUUUAUUUCUAUAUAAAACCAUCAAAUUUUAUCAUGAAUAAAAUUUUAAUAAAGUUA